AUGCUUGGCGACGCCGAGAUCCAGGCCCUCGAUGAUCAUCUAGGUCAUGAGCGUAAUCCAUUCGUGCUGGUAUUGGUGGAUGGUGAUGGCUACCUUUUCAAGGAACACCUGAUGAGGGAAGGGACAGAAGGAGGGACGAAAGCAGCUCAACUUCUGAAUGAUUCUAUCAAAGAGCUUCUUAGUGACCAACUUGGAAGCCAAGCAGAUCAAUGCCGAAUUAUGGUUCGCAUUUACAGCAACAUUCUAGGACUUUCGAAAGCCUUGGCCCGCGCCGGUCUAGUUGGCAAUGAGGCGCGGUCCCUCUCACCGUUUGCAUCCAGCUUUACUCGUUCUCAGGAUUUGUUCGAUUAUGUUGACGCCGGCGACAAGAAGGAAGGUGCCGACUAUAAGAUCAGAGAAAUGUUUCGCUUGUUUGCGGACAAUAACCAAUGCAAGCACAUUUUCUUCGCUGGCUGUCACGAUGCUGGCUAUCUAUCCUUACUGACCCCUUACCGUGGCAAGGCUGAUCGUAUCACCCUAAUCAAAGCCGCCUCCUUCCACCCUGAGUAUGACAAGCUGGACCUACCAGUGAAGGAGAUCUCUGCCGUAUUCACAUCUACCUCCACGUCGCCGCCUGUGGGUGGAAACAAUGUGAUUCCUGCUACUAGACCAAUUUGCAGGCAUUUCCAAAAGGGUAUCUGCCGAUUUGGCAAGGACUGCACAAAGCUCCACAUAAUGCCCAACCAACAGUUCCCGAAAUCACUAUAUGAUACUCCGACUCAACCGGUGAGUUUUACCAUCAAACCCCGGGAACAAGGGUACUAUGCCCGGUUUCUUCCCAGGGUGAACUCAAAAUCCCAGGAAUUUAUCGCAAUCAACAAGGAUGGGGAGCGGAUUGACACCUACUGUCCCAUGCCAUCUCAAGAAGAAUGGGAGGUGUAUUACCAACGUGCCAAACGGCACAAACUCUGCAACAAACACCACCUUGGAGGGGAAUGUGGGAACCUGAGUUGCGAGUUUGACCACAGUCCAAUUGAACCGGCGUGUCUCACUGUCUUGAUGUAUAUCAUGCGACAGCACAUCUGCCUAAGGGGCGCCAGCUGUCGUUCGAUUAAAUGCUACCUUGGUCACCUUUGUCAGAAGGAUACCUGCAAAGGUGCUAAACCUUGCAAAUUUAAUCGGCAGGGUCAUACACUUAGCCUACAAGUUGCGCAGUGGGUUAUGCCGAUCGAACAUGAAGAGGAAUCACCAAGUAGUGAAGGGUUCUCAGAGACGAAUUCGAUGAUGGACCCGAACAACACCUUCGCCUUUCUUAUGAGAGACGUAAUCUAA